AUGCCCCUGCACCUGCAUCUUGAAGCGUGGUCACUGCUGCUGACUUGCCUUGGGGUCUUCGAAGUCACCUCCCCAUAUCCAGUCAAAGCUGACCCGGUGAUGGUACCAUUGCAGACACAUUUGCUUAAUAGCAGUAAGACCCCUCUUAAAGAAAAGGAUGUAAAGCUUGGAAGAUAUCAAGAUUUUAAAAGGGGCAUGUUGUAUGGAAGUCUUGUACUGGUGCUGUCUUCACUGAAGGAUGACCCUUUUCGAUUGUGCAUGUUGACAUACAAACCAAACACUGAGAUAACAUCUGAGGGACAGAUUGAUAUUCUGACGUCGUCAAGUGAUCCAGUUUACAGAUCUAUGGUUCAAGGAUUUGAUGCAGAAACCGCCCAUUUCCACAAUAAAACGUUGAGAGCAAUAGCCUGGUUCUAUCGCGGUGGUGCUGCUGGUAUGUAA